AAAACAUUUUCAACGAAACGAAAAAAAGAAACCCGGAAAAAAAUUUUAGAUUUUAAAUUUGAAUAAUAACAACAAACAAACAACAAAACAAAAUGGAUUUUUUCUCAAACAUUCUAAAAAAUACUGUAAAUAAAGCUGAAACAUUGGGUAAAGCAGCAACAGCUGCUGUGAAUUCAACAUUAAAUCCAACAUCCGGAUCAACCACCAGUAAUGAUGAACAAAAAUUUGAUAAUGAUGAUAAUAAUAUGACAUAUGAACAGCAACAACAACAACAACAAGAUGUCAAUAAUGUUGAUGUCAAUUAUAGUGAAGAUCAAACAUAUACAACAACAGCAGCCGAUAAUGCAACAGAAGAAUUAUUGAAUAUUGAUGAAAAAUCAUCAUCAGCAGCAGCAUUUAAUUAUGCUGAAACAUCACAAAAAGCUAUUGAAUCGGCCAAAUAUUUUGGAAAUUUUAUUGCAAAUGUUGCAAGUAAAGCUGGACAAACAGUAUCGGCAACAGCAAAACAAUUAAAAAGUACUGUUGAAAAUGUUGGCCUAAUGCAAGAUUUUACCAAAGAACAACAAGAAUUUAUUAAAGAACAUGGUGGUAAAACUGAUUUAGCUGAACCACCUUGGAUUGGUUGUGAUGAUGAAGAAAAAGUUAAGGUGGAAAUUUUAAGCCUUUCACAAGAUAAACGAAAUUUUGUUCGUAGUCCACCGGCUGGUGUUGAAUUUCCAUUCGAUAUGAAUGAUUCGUAUCCAAUUGCAUUGGCAUUAUUACGUGAAGAUCCUGAGCUUGCUAAAAUGCGAUACGAAAUUGUUCCUAAAUUAGUAAAUGAAGAAACAUUUUGGAAAAAUUAUUUCUAUCGUGUAUCGUUAAUUAAACAGGAUCCAAAUCUUUCCAACAGUAGUAAUAAUUUCGGUAAUGUUGAUGAUGAUGGUAGUGGUCGUGGUCGUGGUCAUAAAUCAUCAGGUUGGGGUUCAUCUAAAUCAUCAUCAUCCGAAGGACCUGAUGAUCCAAAUGAUCAGAUUGGUGAAACAAUAGGCGAAACAGAAUUUAUUUCGGAUACAUUCCAAAAUUCUAAUCUAUCGGUUGAUGAUGUACGCCAAGAUAUGUAUAAACUUGGCAUCAAUACCAAUGAUGACAUUGAUGAAGAAUUAGCUAAAGAUUUGCAAGAAUUUGAUUUCGUUACCAACAAUGAAACAACAACAACAACAACAACCACAACCGGAAAAAUUGAUGAUGAUGAAAUCAACCGAGAGCUUGCCAAUUUCGAUAUUAAAUAAUCCAUAAUAAUAAUCCAUAUUUAUAAUUAUGAUUUGAUUUGCUUCUUUCUUUUUUUUGAUCAAUUUAAUUUAG